AAAUGGUUUGAAACUUCUACAAGCAGACUGAAUUGUUAUUGUUAAAAAAGCUUGCUACAGACACUUUUCAAAAUUCCAUGUUGUUCAAAAGACAUUGUCCAUUGUUUGCACACUCGGAUAAGAAAGACUACAGAUUAUCUAUGAAUCAUCGGAUUUCGAAUAUCUAAUACUUAAUUUGUGCUUAUCGACUUCUAUAAAUGACAUUCAUGCAAAACCGUCUGAAGUACAAAUUUUCAUUUUAAGCUGUCAAAAAUCAAGCUGCAUGUCUAACACAUGGUUUAAUAGACAACAGAAUGAUGGAUAACAGACGCGAAUCAGUUGACCCUACUGCGCCCCCUUCAACUUAUUAUACCAGUGGCAGAAAUGGACCUCGACAUAGAACACGAACUUAUACCAGAACCGGCUAUCGAAGCUUCAAUGCAGGUGAUUCCCGUGAUAUAGCAAAUUCAGGCAUACAGCGUCGUGCCUCGCAUGAGGAUAAAGGAAAGAAGCGUCGUUUUCUUAUCGAUGUCGAAUCUACAUUGAAACAAAUUUUGGAACAAGAAGAUACAGAUGGGGAUUUCCAGAUCACUGUCAACGAUAUGGGGCCUAAAACACUUUCGCUUGGAACAGCUGAUUCUGGUGGAUACAAGCGCUUUCAAAUCAGAGGUAACUACAUGCUGUCCAAUUUAUUGCAAGAAUUAGCCCUCGCCAAGGAUUAUGGCCGAAGAUAUGUUGUGCUCGACGAAUCCCGCUUGAACGAAAAUCCCGUCCACCGAUUAUCGCGGAUGAUUCGCCAUCUUUUCUGGGACGGGCUUACACGUUGCAUUGACGGCGAUGGUCUUGAAUCUAUCUGUGCUGAUCCAAAAAAUAGAUCAAAGGAUGUUGCACCGCGAAUCUAUAUUCCUUACGAUGAGCAUGAAAUCUAUGAUUACUACAAAAAAGUCGCCAAUGAAAAGUCUCACCUCAAUCUCGAUGUUCAGUAUUUACCCAAGGAAAUUACGCCUGAAUACGUCAAGAGCAUUAACGAUAAACCUGGCAUUUUGGCUUUGGCCAUGAGAAAAAUUGUGAAAGACGAUGGUACGGCCGAUUUCAAAGGUAUCCCUUUCAUCGUCCCUGGCGGUCGCUUCAAUGAAAUGUAUGGCUGGGAUACCUAUUUUGCAUCCCUUGGCCUGUUGGCGGAUGGAAGAAUCGAUCUUGUCAAAGGAAUGGUCGAAAAUUUUGCGUAUGAGAUCAAACAUUACGGCAAGAUUCUGAAUGCCAACCGAUCGUAUUAUCUCUGUCGUUCGCAACCUCCAUUUUUGACCGACAUGGCCAUAAAGGUGUAUGAACAGCUGGAUCCCAACAAGGAAGAAGAAAACAAAGCUUGGCUGCGUGAGGUCCUAAAAUCAGCCAUCAAAGAAUACCAUACCGUUUGGAUGGCAGAGCCUCGACUCGACAAAAAGACCAUGCUAUCUCGUUAUUGGCCCGACGGUGUAGGGGUGCCUCCUGAGACAGAAGCCUCUCAUUUUGACCAUAUUUUGAGUCAUUAUGCUCUACAGCAUAAUGUUACCAUUGCUGAAUUCAUACAAUUGUACAAUGACGGCGAAGUCAAAGAACCUGAAUUGGAUGAAUACUUUUUGCACGAUCGUGCUGUUAGAGAGUCAGGACAUGAUACCACUUAUAGAUUUGAUGGCAUUUGCGCCAAUCUGGCCACUGUCGACUUGAACGCAUUAUUAUACAAGUACGAAACGGAUCUAGCCGACUGUAUUAGAGAUUUUUUAGAUGAUGACUUGGAAGAUUUCGAUGGAAAUAAGCAGAAGGCAGAAGAUUGGUCAGACAGAGCCUCUAUUAGACGACAACGCAUCGAUCGAUAUUUGUGGAAUGAAAAGGAGGAUCUUUAUUUUGAUUAUGACACCAAGAAGCAGGAAAUGACAACGUACGAAAGUGCCACCGCUUAUUGGAUGUUGUGGGCUGGUUGUGCAUCUGACGAACAAGCACAAAAAUUAGCAAAGAGUCUCUACAAAUUUGAAGUGAAGGGUGGUUUAGUUUCCGGUACAGAACAAUCCAGAGGCCCGAUUUCUAUCGACCGUCCUAAUCGUCAAUGGGACUUUCCUUUCGGUUGGGCACCUCAUCAAAUCAUGGCUUGGGUCGGCUUUGACAAUUAUGGCAUGUCCGACAUUGCUGGUCGUUUAGCCUAUCGUUUCCUUUACACAAUAACAAAAUCAUUCGUAGACUUUAAUGGUGUGGUUCCUGAAAAGUUUGAUGUUGUUAAUUUAUCUCAUCAGGUUCAAGUAGAAUAUGGUAAUGUUGGUGUUGAUUUCAAAUAUGUUCCUCGAGAAGGUUUUGGUUGGAUGAAUGCUUCCUUCGAAGUGGGCUUGACGUUCUUGAGUGUCCAACAACGAAGAGCGUUAGGCACCUUGACCGAUCCUGACACGCUAUUCAAGAGGAUGCUCGAGAUUGAAGAAGCCAAACUUUCAGAAGCCGAAAGACGCGAAGCUUUGUCUCGUCGUCGUGUAUCUACUAUUGCCGCUCGUGAGAUCCUUCGUAAAGAAUCAGAUGCUGUCGUGACAAGAAUCAAUACAGAGGAUAUCAUGAGACAAUCAUUCAGUGUACCCAAAUCUCCUGAAGUUUUCCAGAACUUCUUGACCGCACCUGCUGACACUAUUCAAGAGGAAGACGCAAAGUUAUUUCCUGUCUCUAAUGAAAGUGAUUAUCUGGAGCCUCCUGCACCUGUCCAUAUGUAGACUAUUAAUUUCAUUAUUUCUUCUCAACCUUUUCUCAAAGUCAUUUAUUACUAUAUAUAAACGUAAAUCUUUCAUCUACGUUCUAGAACAGGGGGGAAAAAAGCAACAUAAACGGCUAUUGUUAUCUUGUAAUACUUAAUUAUAUCUGCAAAAAUAAAUUACAUAUGGUCCUUUUUUUUCACUUUCUGUCAAAAAUCUGCUCUCUUAUCAAACAAUGUCUGCGU